AUAUAUAUGCGGAAAGACGUUCAAUCGUCGACGGGCGUAGCUGCGAAAGACUGGUUUGUUCGCAAUUGCAGCAGAGACAGAUUCAAUCUAGGAGAUUGCAUGAGACUGUAAAAAUGAAGGCUGGGAAGAUUUUGUUCCUUUGUCUCUCUUUGAAUGUGAUUUCCUUUGUAGUAGUGAUUGCUAAUCCACCAACAUGCCCAGCUGAUCUUGGUAAGGAAUGCAGUGAUUCAGGUGAAUGGGAUGGGGAGUUCUUUCCUGGGAUUCCAAACAUCAAGUACGAGGGCCCUUCUAGCAAGACUCGAUUUGCAUAUAAAUGGUACAAUGCGGAGGAGAAAAUCCUCGGGAAGAAAAUGAAGGAUUGGCUGAGAUUUAGUGUUGCAUUUUGGCACACAUUCCGUGGUACCGGUGGUGAUCCAUUUGGCGCGCCUACAAAGUAUUGGCCAUGGGAAGAUGGUACAAAUUCAUUGGCCAUGGCCAAGAGAAGAAUGAGAGCCAAUUUUGAGUUCAUAAACAAGCUUGGAGUUGAUCGGUGGUGCUUCCAUGACAGGGAUAUAGCCCCUGAUGGCAAAACCCUGGAGGAAAGUAAUGCAAACUUGGAUGAAGUAGUGGCCCUUGCUAAGGAACUUCAGGGAACCAAGAUCCGUCCUUUGUGGGGUACAGCUCAGUUGUUCAUGCAUCCCCGUUACAUGCAUGGUGCUGCAACAAGCUCUGAAUUGGGGGUAUAUGCAUAUGCUGCUGCUCAAGUCAAGAAAGCCAUGGAGGUAACACAUUAUUUAGGUGGAGAGAAUUAUGUGUUUUGGGGCGGCCGUGAAGGUUAUCAGACUCUCUUGAACACAGAUAUGGGACGAGAGCUUGAUCAUAUGGGAAGGUUCUUUGAGGCUGCUGUUGCUUACAAGAAGAAGAUUGGAUUCAAGGGGACAUUGCUCAUUGAACCCAAGCCUCAGGAACCUACCAAACAUCAGUAUGACUGGGAUGCUGCAACCGCUGCUAAUUUCCUUCGAAAAUAUAGUCUUAUAGGAGAAUUUAAACUGAACAUUGAGUGUAAUCAUGCUACCCUAUCUGGUCACAGCUGUCAUCAUGAGCUUGAAACUGCUAGACUCAAUGGUCUGCUGGGAAAUAUUGAUGCAAACACGGGUGACCCUCAGAUUGGUUGGGAUACAGAUCAGUUUCUCACAGAUAUUGGAGAGGCAACUCUUGUUAUGCUCAGUGUGGUUAGAAAUGGUGGACUAGCACCAGGAGGAUUCAACUUUGAUGCAAAAUUGCGAAGAGAGAGUACGGAUGUUGAAGACUUGUUCAUUGCUCAUAUCAUCGGAAUGGAUACCCUAGCUCGUGGACUUCGAAAUGUUGCCAAGCUGAUUGAGGAUGGUUCUUUAUCUGAGCUUGUUCGCAAACGCUAUGAGAGUUUUGACACAGAACUUGGGGCUCAAAUAGAGGCUGGUAAAGCGGAUUUUGAAAUGCUUGAGAAGAAAGCCUUGGAAUGGGGAGAACCUGAAGUUGCUUCGGGCAAGCAGGAACUUGCGGAGAUGAUUUUCCAGUCUGCACUAUAGGGAAAAUUAUUCGACACAGGACUAGUAGUUAUUCUCUCUUAUGUUAGGGAAUGAUACCUUAAAUUAACAAAGGACCUUAUUCUAGGAUGACAUAGACAUAUCAUGCUGUUCUGGACUGGACCAUUUCAGAAAGCAGCAUUGUAUGUAUUGAAAUAAGGGUUAGGGAUACCUUUUGUUUUCAGGUGGUUGUGGUAAAUCGCAAAAGGCCUUUGUAGUUUUGAGUAAUGCAAAAGACCUUCUAUUUUAUUUAAAUUCCUUAAAUUAGCGAA